CACACGGCGGAGACAUGGGAGGGACGGCGGGGCGCAGCCCGGAGCACUGCCGCUUUCUGGACGCAGAGCCGCGCAAGAAGGGCUGCCCCAGGUACCAGCUCUGCGGACUGCUCUUCAGCCUGCUGCUCCUUGCCCUUAUUCUGAUAUUUUUUGGUGUCAAGUACCUCUGGAACCCAGCGCCCAGAAAAGUCUAUGACAUGGAGCACACGUUCUUCAGCAACGGUGAGAGGAAGAAGAUUGUGAUGGAGAUUGACCCACUGGCCAGGACAGAGACCUUCAGCAGCGGGAAUGGCAGUGAGGAGAUCCUGGAGAUCCAUGACUUCAAAAACGGAAUAACCGGCAUCUUCUUUGUGGGACUUCAAAAAUGUUUCAUCAAAACUCAGACUAAAGUCCUGCCUGAGACGACAGAGGCCAAGAUCCCUGAGCUUGAGGGACAAGAAAUCACCACCACCUACUUUGAGCAGUCUGUGGUCUGGGUGCCUGGGGAAAAGCCCAUUCAGAACAAGGAAUUCCUGAAGACCUCCAAAAUUUUUGACAUCUGCAAAAAUGUGACCAUCUUCUGGAUCCACCCCACGCCAAUAGCAGCUCCUGAGCUGGCCAACCUUGAAGGGGCAGAAGAAGAAGACCCUGAGCUGGUGGUGGACAGCCAGAGCUGGCUGGAGGGGGGGAGUGAACAGGAGCAGCAGCAGGACACACAGGCGGGGCCCAGGCGCCGGGCACGGCAGCUCACCGAGGAGGAGCUGCCCGUCAACGACUAUUCGGAGAACGGGCUGGAGUUCCACCCUCUGUGGGACGAGCGAGGCUACUGCUGUGCCCAGUGCCGCCGUGCCCACCGCUACUGCCGGCGGGUGUGCGAGCCGCUGCUGGGCUACCACCCGUACCCCUACUGCUACCAGGGCGGCAGGGUCAUCUGCCGCGUCAUCAUGCCCUGCAACUGGUGGAUCGCGCGGAUGCUGGGCAGGGUGUAGCCGUGCCUGCUGCCAGGAGCCGGCUGGCACACGGGCAGCGCGGCCAGCGGGCACUGCCAGCCGCCGGUCUGCCCCGCCGCCGGCCGCGGCACCUCCCGGU